UUGCUAUCCUCUUCAUCCAUGAAACAAAGGAAUUGAAUAAUAGCUAACUUUUUCCUUUCUUGGCUUGAAAUGAAAAUGAUGUACUUUUUCUAGAAUGAAAAGAUGUCCUACAAGCAACACAGGAUCUCACAGCGAAGGGUUUAGGGGCAUAAAAUGCACUUACGAACAGACAAGUUAUAGAAGUCAAAAAAAGGAAAGAGACCUUAUAUUAUAUUAUUAUCAAAAUGAUCUAAGCAGUAACAAGAAUAUGAACUCUAGUAUUUGAGCUUUUCUUGAGUUUAAGACAUUGAUCAACAAUCAAACAAGACAAGUAAUUGUCAUCUCCGUUGCUGGUCUCAGUUUCUUGUAAUAAGUAAUACUAACAACAAGCAAACCUCACAAAUAAUGCAAAAAUAACCAGCAUGAGCACAUCCAGUAAGAACAAGCUUCAAGGAAAGGUUACCAUCGUUACCGGUGGCGCUAGUGGCAUCGGUGAAGCCACUGUGCUUCUCUUUGCAGAUCAUGGUGCACGUGCAGUCGUGAUCGCUGAUGUCCAAGACGAAAAGGGUCAAAAACUAGUUGAAUCCAUAGGAUCCUCCCGCUCUACUUAUAUCCACUGCGACGUAACCGAUGAGAACCAAGUCAAGUCCCUCAUAAAAACCACUAUUGAUCUGUACGGCCAGCUUGACGUCACGUUCUGCAACGCUGGAAUCAUCAACACAACACCACAGACCGUCCUGGACUUCGACAUGGCCGCUUAUGAGAAACUCUUCGCCGUCAACGUGGGUGGCACCGCAGCAAGUCUAAAACACGCCGCGAUGGCGAUGGUGGAAGGCGGAGUAAAGAAGGGUAGUAUAAUUUGCACAGCGAGCACUGCUGCGAAUGUGCAGGGAGAUAGGUGUACGGAUUAUGUGAUGUCAAAGUGUGCAGUGGUGGGGUUAAUGAAGUCGGCGAGUGUGCAGUUAGGUAGGUAUGGGAUAAGAGUGAACUGCGUGUCGCCGGGGCCGGUGGCGACGCCUCUGCUUUGUAAGCUGUCUGGAAUUGGAAUGAAGGAGGUAGAGAAGGCUUUUGAAUCAAGUUACUGCCUAGGAGGAGUUCUGAAGGUGAAGCAUGUAGCAGAAGCUGUGCUGUUUCUUGCUUGUGAUGAUUCUGAAUUUGUCACUGGCCAUAAUUUGGUUGUGGAUGGUGGGUUCAAAGCUGCUUACUAAUAAAUUAAAAUGUGUUCUUUAAUGAAAAUCCAGUAAUAAUUUGCAAUAAUUUAAUUGACUAUGAAUGUUAAUUAGCACUAUAUUUGUUAUGUAA